CACCCUAGUGAUCAAGCAAAAACUGCCUGGAAUCUAUGUGCAGCCAUCCUACAAAUCAGCAUUGAUGUGGUUCGGGGUCAUUUUCAUCAGACAUGGCUUGUACCAGGAUGGAGUCUUCAAGUUCACUGUGUAUAUUCCAGAUAACUAUCCUGAUGGUGAAUGUCCUAGAGUGGUGUUUGAUAUCCCAGUCUUCCACCCACUUGUGGACCCUGUUUCAGGAGAGCUUGAUGUCAGGAGAGCCUUCACCAAGUGGAGGCGUAAUCACAACCACAUCUGGCAAGUCCUGAUGUAUGCACGCACGGUGUUCUACAAGAUCAACACUAUGGAACCACUCAACCCAGAAGCUGCUGUGCUGUACGACAAGGAUGUGCAGGUGUUCAAAAGCAAGGUGGUAGACAGCGUCAAACUAUGCAACAGUCACCUCUUCGACCAACCCAAGAUGGACGAUCCUUAUGCAAUAAGUUUCUCUUCAUGGAACCCAGCGAUCCACGACGAGGCGAAGGAACGGAUGUUCACACAUAAAAGACGGCCUGAGGAUCACCACAAGGGGCUGCAGGUGUCAGGACUGUCUUGGGUGAAGCCCGGAUCCACACAACCCUUYAGCAAAGAUGACAACCCUCCCCAKAGCUGAGCUGAUCCUGCAGUCCGAGUCAGCAGCCACUAGCGGAAGAUGCAGAGCAGAAUGCCACGCCACAGACUAGCUUCAGCAGCCGUUCAGUCGUAUGAAUAGGAACUGAACAAGUUGAAUGUACUUAAUUUUACRUUGCAACACUUGCGCUCAGCUUUAAAAGCAUUAUAGGCAUCUUGUGCUCAAACAGCUAUAGAACUAAAAAUGUGUAUAUUAUGUAAGUAAAUCAACAAUGACAACUGGUUUUCUUAGUAACACAGACUACAAUGCAAUCAGAGCUUUUUCCCUUUAUUUUCUUCUCUGCUCUUUGCACAUGCUUGGGUUUGGUCUAUGAAGAUAAUCACUCAAAGCUGGUUGAAAGGUGAGAAUAAAAAUCAGCAUUAAUUAUAGAUAUACUGUAUGGGUGGACUAUGGAUUCAUGACCGCUUGUUAAGGUGGGCUCAGGACAGUUAUUGUUUAUUAUUGGGACUGAAGAUGGACUCUAACCUUGGGUGUUCUUUUUCCCCCAAACAUAUUUGACUGAAAUCAAAUUAGAGCAACACUACAUUUUUGGGGCGAGGGAAAUUUUCGUUCUUUUGGAUUACGGUUUAGUGUCUUAUAUUUCUCUUUACUGUGUAAACUAUAUGUAAACUAUAGGUAAGAUGGAUAAUAUAUAUUGCAGACUGAGCAGCAGGCAAGUGUGGUUUUAAUUAAUAUGCUAAGUUAAAUAAUCACAUCCAUCUUUACGUUGCUUUUAAUUCUUUUUGAUUGUUCUAUUUACCCUUAUUGAGCUUAUUAAAGGUUUGUAUAAAUAUAAAACAUGUCUGCUGUGGGAAUGGCAGCCCUCCACAGACAACAUUGUUUUGCUCAAAGCUGUUGGAUAUUUGGCACAAUUUAUAUUGCUGUGAAAUGAUGUAAACACAUGCUGCCGUCUGGACUGUUGAAUUUGGCAAAACAAUGUGUACUUAUACUUCUCAUUUUACCUUUCCUAUAUGGAACCCAAACCUCAGUCAACAGUUUGUGCUGUAUAGGCAAUGAGUUUCGAAAGCUUUUCUUUGAAAGGAAAUAAACACGACAAUGCAUAUCAA